AAAUCAACGCUCCCCGUUGUUAACAGCGAAAGGUCUCGUCACGACAGACGCACAGCAUUCUGGUACUGCCUUCAGAAAGCUGCUCCAAAAUGUCGAUUGCGGUUCUUUCGUCCUUGGGUCGCUGUGGCUUUUUGGCUUUUCGUUCUCCAGUUGGACUUGUGGCUGUCCGCCAUGCCCAGACAGCAGCAGCUCCAGCUGCUGAGCCCAGGAUAAAGAAGUUCCAGGUGUAUCGCUGGGACCCAGACACUCCAGGAGACAAGCCUCGCAUGCAGACCUAUGACAUCGACCUCAACACGUGUGGGCCAAUGGUUCUGGAUGCCCUCAUCAAGAUCAAGAAUGAGAUGGACAGCACUCUAACAUUCCGCCGUUCCUGCAGAGAAGGUAUCUGUGGAUCCUGUGCGAUGAACAUUGGCGGGGGCAACACACUUGCCUGCCUCAACAAGAUCGACACCAACACAAGCAAGCCCACCAAAAUAUACCCCCUGCCACACAUGUAUGUCGUUAAGGAUCUGGUGCCUGACAUGAGUAACUUCUACGCCCAGUACAAGUCCAUCGAGCCCUUCCUGAAGAGGAAGGACGAGUCCAAGGAGGGACAGGAGCAGUACACGCAGUCCGUCGAUGACAGACAGAAAUUGGACGGCUUGUACGAGUGCAUUCUGUGCGCUUGCUGCAGCACCAGCUGCCCCAGCUAUUGGUGGAAUGGGGACAAGUACCUUGGACCUGCGGUUCUCAUGCAGGCCUACCGAUGGAUGAUUGAUUCCAGAGACGAGUUCACGGAGGAGCGUCUGUCCAAGCUGCAGGACCCCUUCUCUCUGUACCGCUGUCACACCAUCAUGAACUGCACCAAGACCUGCCCCAAGGGGCUGAACCCUGGAAAGGCGAUAGCUGAGAUUAAAAAGAUGAUGGCGAUGUACAAAGAUAAGAAGACCGCUACAGCUUAAUCCAGUAAAGCUUUUAAACCCCAAUGCUCCCUAAAUUAUAUUAUGAUUGCCACAAAGGGGUCUGAUGGACAUAUUCAUGAAAAGUUCAGGGUUAUCAUACCUCUGUGAUACUCCGAUAUGCUGCACUGAAUAUCUGAGGUUCUAUGCUGACAGUGUAUUUUGCAGUAUUGAUGCUGAUUGUGUGUAUUAUUGUGCACAUGAAGAAUGGGAUGCUCCAUAUUACUAAUCAUUCUCAUGUGCUGCUCAUGCUUAUUAAAAUCUCUUUUCAACAUAUUGUAUGAUCCUUAAGAUCUGCUACCAUACCAGCUGACAUAUUUGUUUGAUGUAAAAUAAAUCGUUAUAAUG